AUGGCUUCGGGUUUUAUGUGCGGAAUAGAGGACAUGCUGUGUAAUGGGAGCCGACUGGUGUGGAACCUGACUGUGUCCACGCUGAGAAGAUGGUACACACGUAGAGUGCGGACAUGUCAACUCAUGCUGAGGACGUGGUGCAGACCGAGAACGGUCUACCAGAUGGCAGAAGGGCGGCAUUGCAAGGUACAUCUUCUGGACGACCGAAAAUUGGAGCUCCUUGUCCAGCCAAAACUUUUAUCCCGUGAAUUACUGGAUCUAGUCGCCUCUCAUUUCAAUCUAAAAGAGAAGGAAUAUUUUGGGAUUUCAUUCCUGGAUGAUACGGGUCAAUAUGCCUGGCUUCAGCUGGAUCAAAGGGUGCUUGACCAUGACUUUCCAAGUAAAUCUGGGCCACUAACUCUUUAUUUUGUUGUAAGGUUCUACAUUGAAAGUAUAACUUUCCUGAGGGAGAAUAUAACAGUGGAAUUGUUUUUCCUGAAUGCAAAGGCUUGUGUAUUCAAGGGGCAGAUUGCCGUGGACAGCGAAACAGUGUUUAAAUUGGCUGCACUUAUUGUACAGGAGGCUCGUGGAGACUACACCAGUGAGGAAAAUGCAAGGCAAGAUCUGAAGCUUUUGCCAGCUCUGCCCACCAGAACAUUACAGGAGCACCCUUCAAUUACAUACUGUGAAGAUCGAGUAAUUGAACACUGUAAGAGGUUGAAAGGUGUCACCAGAGGGCAAGCAAUUGUCCGGUACAUGAAAAUUGUAGAAGCUUUGCCUACAUAUGGUGUUCAUUACUACAAAGUAAAGGAUAAACAAGGAAUUCCUUGGUGGUUGGGAAUUAGCUUCAAAGGAAUCGGCCAGUACGAUAUACAAGAUAAAAUAAAACCUAGAAAGCUAUUUCAGUGGAAGCAGCUUGAGAAUUUGUAUUUCAGAGAAAAGAAAUUUGCUGUAGAAGUUCACGACCCCCGCCGAAUAUCUGCGUCAAGACGAACCUUUGGACAGAGCAGUCUUGUAGUUCAAACCUGGUAUGCAAACCAUUCUCUAAUCAAGUCCAUAUGGGUUAUGGCAAUUAGCCAACAUCAGUUUUACUUGGACAGAAAGCAGAGCAAGGCAAAAAUUCCAACAGCCCGGAGUAUGGACAGCAUUGCUAUGGAAUUAACUGAAUCAGGAACCAAAGUUACAAAAAUGGUUGAGGGAAAAAAUCCAUUAAUCAUGGCGAGCAAUGGCAGCUUAAUAUCUUCUGGUUCUCAUGACUCCGAAGUUAGUGAAGACCAAAAAGUAGAGAAAAUUCAGGAAUUAAAGAAAAAAGAGAAGGAUUUACAAGAAGUCCUCCUGAAAAAAAUUGAAGAACUAAAGGCAAUUUGCCUACGUGAAGCAGUAAUAACAGGGAAAUUGCCUGAUGAGUAUCCUUUGAAUCCUGGUGAAAAACCUCCUUUGGUCCGAAGAAGAAUGGGCACUGCCUUUAAACUGGAUGAUGACAUUCUUCUCAAUGAUGAGGAUUCCGAGUUGCAAAAUCUAGAGCGUAAAUUCCUACUCCAACAAAAAGUGGUAGAAGCUACAAAGAAACUCGCAACUGAGCCGGAUAUGGGCAAGAAUGUCAAGAAGAAGAGAAAGCAGGACUAUAGUGAUGCAAUAAAAAAACUCCAAGAGCUGGAGAGUACUAUAAAUGAAUAUCGCGUCAAAAGCGGACGUGACCCUACAAAAAGAGCAUCUCUUCUCAUACAGGAUGAUAUUAUACCAUCUGAGAGCAGCUCAUUGUCUGAAACUACGCUAGAUGAUGAUGAGUCAGUCUUGUUUCAAGGCCAGAGGCCAAGCCCUGUGCACAGUUCUCCAAAAGGUCAACCUCCAAAGUCAGCUGGAGUAGAGAGAAGCCUUUCCAGGAAAUCCUCCCUAAAUGAUCAGUUUUCGGACAUGCGUCUGUCGAGAGAGCCAACAUCGACACACAGCAGCCCAUACAAAACAUCAGAGAGAAAAUCUCAUGGGGGUCGUAGCAUGCCUUCCACUCCUGUUCUAACACGCAAUGCCUACAGCAGCAACCACCUUCAGAAUGAAGGCGUAAGUGGCUACACCAUGCAGCGUAGAGGCAGCUUAGAGUCCCACGGCCCUCUCCUUUCUGAUGUGGUUGAUGCCAAGGCAACAUUUACAAUCUCGAAAAAUCAAAGAAGUAACAGCACAGAGAUUCUUGAUGACGGUUCAUCUUACACUAGCCAGUCCAGUUCAGAAUACUACAGUACUCCUCCCAAGCAAAACCCUUGUUACACCACUCAGACAUUGGAUAAUCGCUCGAGGGACAGGAGACGGCACAGAAAGCAGAACUUCUUGGCAGCAAAUUCUGGGAGCAUGCCAAAUUUAGCACACAAAGAUGCACGAAACAGUGUUUACCAAAUGACUCAGAACCAACCAUCAACCUCAAGUUAUUAUAUCGCAGGAUAUUCUGGUUACCCUGACAUUGACCCCUACUACAAUGGCGCAUACAUUUAUGAGAAUGAUACAGAGGGACAAUAUACUGUAAACCCCACCUAUCGCUCUUCGGCACACUAUGCAUAUGACCAGUACAGGGAUUCACGAUAUGACCCAGAUCAGUUUGUGCCUCACAACCCCUAUGCCACAAUGCGGCUUCCGAGGAAGAAAAAUGCAAAAACCACUGAACAGAUUACGAAAAACAUUAACAAAGCAAUUGUAGCAGAACAUCUGCGGGGGUGGUACAACAGAGCUGCCUACCAGAAGGAACCUAUUCAUGGAAUACAUGGAAUGGUUGAGUCUGAUCGGGGGUCACAGAGGAGCUUAUGCUAUGCAACUAUGCAAGUCCCAGCAUCUCCAAGUUCCAGAGCUCCAUCUUGCGCCUCAGUAUCAUCUACAAGUACAGUAGGAAGCCGCAGAGCUCAGCCUAGCACACUGGGGUAUCCGGAAUAUAAGAGCGUGCCUCAUUCAUCCUACACCGGCUAUUCUACUGCAUACAGCACCACCCCACUGCAAAGCAGAAGUUUUUUCACUUGUCCUUCCCAGCUGGACGACUCGAACAUCAUUCCGUUAAACGAUGACCAACUUCCAGAUGACCAUGAGCUAUUGUGGCAUGAAGAUGGCAAACCAGGAACUUUAGUUUGAAUGGACGAUGUAUUAAUUUGGAGCCCUCACCUUACGUGCCUUUUACACAUAGUUCUCUACCACCAUACCUCCAAAGUUUUGAAAUUUGAUCAACCGAACUCCAUCAAGGCACAAGUCCAUAAGAAAAAAAUCUAACAUUCAGCUGGAAAGUUUCGCAAGAUAUGUUUGUUUUGUUCUCUGGCACAAAAUAGCACUUGGCGCUUUUUUUUAUUUCUAUUUUUUUAUUUUUAAUAUAGUAGGAAAGCACUUUGUGGAAGUUUUGACAUAGGGUAAAUGCCAAACUGUGAAGGUGACACCAACACAUUAAGUAGUCUAUGCCAACAUUGGUUCUCCAGGAGUGUGUUCUAUGUUUUGGUUUUUAAAAAUAUUUUUCCUUCACAUUUUUUUAUUGGAACACCAAGAAAAUUCCGAGGUAAAGGCUACUUAAAUAGAAAAUUUUAAAAGAGAAAAUGGUUUGUAAAUGAAAAUAUGUUUGACAUUAAUAUUGGAACAUUCAAAUGAAGGAGUUUAAUGUGUGAAUAGAUGGAUGUUGAAUGAGUGUAACUUAUAUUUUGUGUAUUUUUUU